ACAGCUGGAGACACCCACUUAGGAGGAGAAGACUUCGACAACUGAAUGGUCAACCAUUUUAUUGCCGAGUUCAAGCGCAAGCAUAAGAAGGACAUCAGUGAGAACAAGAGAGCUGUCAGGCGUCUCCGCACAGCUUGUGAGCGAGCUAAACGUACCCUCUCUUCCAGCACCCAGGCAAGCAUUGAGAUAGAUUCUCUCUAUGAGGGAACCGACUUCUAUACCUCCAGCACCCGUGCUCCAUUUGAAGAGUUGAAUGCUGACCUUUUCCGUGGCACCCUGGACCCUGUCGAGAAAGCCCUUCGAGAUGCCAAGUUAGAUAAGUCUCAGAUCCAUGAUAUUGUCCUGGUGGGUGGUUCUACUAGAAUUCCCAAGAUUCAGAAGCUGCUUCAAGACUUCUUCAAUGGAAAAGAACUGGAUAAGAGCAUCAACCCUGACGAGGCUGUUGCCUAUGGUGCAGCUGUCCAGGCACCCAUCCUGUCUGCAGACAAAUCUGAGAAUGUUCAAGAUCUGUUGCUGUUGGAUGUCACUCCUCUAUCACUUGGGAUUGAAACUGCUGGUGGAGUCAUGACUGUCCUCAUCAAGCGCAAUACUACCAUCCCUACCAAGCAUACACAGACCUUCACCACCUACUCCAACAACCAGCCUGGCGUGCUCAUUCAGGUUUAUGAAGGUGAGCGUGCCAUGACCAAGGAUAACAAUCUGCUCGACAAAUUUGAGCUCACAGGCAUACCUCCUGCACCCCGUGGUGUUCAUCAGAUCAAAGUCACAUUUGAUAUUGAUGCCAAUGGCAUUCUUAAUGUAUCUGCUGUGGAUAAGAGUACAGGAAAAGAGAACAAGAUCACCAUUACUAACGACAAGGGCCAUUUGAGCAAGGAAUACAUUGAGCGUAUGGUCCAGGAAGCUGAGAAGUAUAAGGCUGAAGAUGAGAAGCAGAGGGACAAGGUGUCUUCCAAGAAUUCACUUGAAUCCUAUGCAUUCAACAUGAAGGCAACUGUUGAAGAUGAAAAACUUCAAGGCAAGAUUAAUGAUGAGGAUAAAUAUUUUUCUUAA